AUGAAGGUUUUAGGAAACCGAUUCUACGCAGAUACUACAUCGAUGGACUCUGAAAAAAAGAAUACUAGAGAAUGGGUAUUCUCUUGCCCAAAUUGCAAAAAACAAUACGCUUAUUUAAGCGCAAGGAACAAACAUUAUGCAACAUGUAAACAAAUCUACAAUCCUGAAGGAGUUAAUUCUGGAAAACUUUUUAAAUGUCCAAAAUGCUCUAAGUCAUUUAAAAUACGUAAAUUUCGCGAUAUGCAAGCUUUUGUCGACAUGGCAACUUUCUUUAGUCAACCAAAUAUAAGGAGAAGAUUUUCCAAAACGGUUCCAACCAUGGAAGACGGUGUUCCUAAAUGGCAGUGUCCAAAGUGCCAAAAAGUCUACAGACACAGAGAAAGUUUACAAAAACAUUUAAGACUGGAAUGUGGAAAAGAUCCACAAUUCUUUUGCUCCAUGUGUCCUUAUAAAAGUCAUCAAAAAAUCAAUCUUCAAAGACAUGCUUUGAGACAUAUCAAAGGGGGUUUCAAAAAACAAGGACACAGAGAGCUACAUAUGUCUCAGAGGUGCAUUUACCAAGAACCUUCAAUUGCAAGCAAUGUGCUCUAUCAUUUUUCCUCAGAAUUGUCUAGUAAGGAAUGGGUAUGUGAAAAUUGCGGAAAAUCUUACAGCACUCGUGGAAACUUAGCUAGACAUAUCAAAUUUGAGUGUGGAAAAAUGCCAGAGUUUCAAUGUAAACUCUGCAACAAGCAAAUGCAUCAGAAAGGAAAUAUCAUACAUCACCUAAAAAGAUCAUCAUUUUCCCAAAGCCGGUAUCAAGUAUGGAUUCCCGAUCCACCUUCUACUGAGAAAUUUCCAUGCCCACAUUGUCCAAAAUCUUACAGAUAUAAAGGAAGUUUAUUGAACCAUAUGAAAUUUGAAUGUGGAAAAGAACCAGCUUUCCAAUGUCAUCUCUGUGACAAAAAAAUGCAUCAAAAAGGAAAUCUGGUGCAACAUGUGAAAAGCGUACAUAAAAUUAUUCAUUAUGAAUAUUUGUCGCAAUGCUUUUCUGAGAAUGUUUCACCCAAGCCAAAAAUUUAA